CUUGUCCUCUGUGAAGUCCGCGCACGGAGAUCUCAUCGCUCCGGACCCGUAAGGUAUAAAAACCACAUUAGCAUGAUAUUUCCCUUUAGCCAUUCACGUAGUUAGAACCACGACACCAUCACAUCAAUGAUCAGGCCCAGAAUUCAGCUUGGAGGUGUGUCUCUUCGUAGACUCCAGUCCACAUUGAAAGUUGCGAUAGUGGGCUCUGGUCCUUCCGGGUUCUACACUGCUCACGAUCUGCUGAAGAAACCUAAUGUACAGGUCACCAUGUUUGAGAAGUUACCAACACCAUUUGGACUUUCGAGAUAUGGUGUUGCACCAGACCACCCGGAGGUGAAGAAUUGCGAGGAGACGUUCACAGAGGCUGCAGAGAACGACCUGUUCGAGUUUGUUGGGAACGUUGAAGUUGGUAAGGAUGUCUCUAUUGAACAUCUUCAGAAGAGCUUUAACGGCGUGGUAUUUGCAUAUGGGUGUGACCAAGGCAAUAAAUUGGGGAUCAAAGGCGAAGACAGUGCCGGUGUUAUCAAUGCACACGAGUUUGUUGCCUGGUACAAUGGUAAUCCUAAUAUUUGGAACACAGGUGCACCUCCACUGGACAGAGUUGAGAACGUUGUGAUCAUUGGUAAUGGUAACGUGGCGAUGGACAUUGCUCGUAUCUUGCUGAUGCCUGUGGAAGACUUAGAACACACCGACAUUGCUAGCCAUGCUGUGAGCUUGCUGAAGAAGAGCACAGUGAAGAACAUUCGCAUUGUUGCUCGUAGAGGGUUUGUUGAAAGUGCCUUCACUACUAAGGAGAUCAGAGAAUUGCUUCAACUGGAGCAGUACGGUGUUAAAUUUGACGGAAUAGAUCAGCAGAUUGUUGAGACUCUGUUGCCUUUGCAGAAGAAGCUGGAGAGGGUACAGAAGAGGAAAUUAACAACUGUUCUUGAGUAUAUGAAACCGGCUUCUGAAAGAAAGGGCAAGCUCAAGUACGUCGUUCCGUCGGAUGUUAGAAAGUCGUGGUCAUUAGAUUACCUUCUUUCCCCUAUAGAGAUAAAGUCCAAUGAUAAGGAUACCUCCUUGGUGUCUGAGAUCGUGUUCCAGAAGAAUAGAUUGCACCAAGACUCACCUGAGGGACCAGUUCAAGUGCAGCAUAUUCCAAAUAACUACGAGACGAUCAAGACCGACCUUGUCAUUACGAGUUUGGGAUUCAAAGGAUCCUCAUUGAACGGAUUUGAAGAGCUAGGUAUACAGUUUGACAAGCGCAGAGGUGUCAUUGUUAACGACAGCUCAAGAGUGCUGGACAACACCAACGAGGUCAUCCCAGGAUUGUACGCCUCUGGUUGGAUUAAAAAUGCUAAGAAGGGUCCAAUCUUGAAUGCUCUUGUGGAUUCCAACGCUGUGACAGAAGCUAUAAUGAAGGAUUACGAAGAUUGGCAGACUCUAGACAGCUUUGAACUGGCAUUUGGCCAGAGUCAUGAUAAGCAUAGAUGGAAAGUUCCUAGAGUCAGUGAUAUGCUAGAGAUCAUCGAGGACAAUUCAACACAGGAUGAAAAGCUGAGCAAGUUUAAAGACCAAUUAGAAGCACUGUGA